AUGGUCACAGGGAAUGGGUCUGCGAGUUACUCGCCUCCCCUAGAAUCUGAUCUUGCCGGUCGCCGAAAGAUCACUCACCGGUUGGAUCCUCUGAAGAUCGAGCACCCAAGAGCGGCACGAACCGCCCUAUCAUCUCCGUCUCCAUCUCGCUCUCCUCGUUCCCCUCACUCUCCACCCAAUCGGUCACUCUCCCCCUUACCUCCAUCUGCAACAGGCUUUGAUGAUCGUCCAUGGCUUCCAGAGUCUUUGCGUGCUGGCUCCCCUGGACCCAUGCCGGAUGAUUGGCCGUUGAAAAUGCCUGGUUUUGGUCCUCAGCUCACACCACCGAAAGAUCGAAAUGCCUUGAACGCGUUUGCUCAGGAGAACUGUUGGGAUAGGCAAAGUCAUCGACAGGCUCUACCAGCUAGGGGUGGUCUCCGUAUAUCCAUGUCAACUUCAAGGUUGCAGAGUAGGCGACCGAGAUUUCCUGAGCCAGAAUGGCGCCAGAAUACAAAUCCUUACGCCCUCCCUCCACCUCGAUUUCCUCCAAAUGGGUUGGAUGACGACACCCUCAGAGCCAGCGUCAAUUCCACCUUGACUUCGAGAUCCAGCAUUGAACAAAAUAGUGGCACCGAGCGCAGCAGUGUGUUGACCAAGAGCAGCUCGAUUACAGAUCUUUCACCUGACACCCCUGAUACUCCCUGUGGCCUGGACGAGGGCAUGAGCGUGGAAGAUGCCAUCUCCAUGUAUCUGGACGGAUUCAGUGACGUGACCGAAGAACCUGCUUCGCCUAGGUCUCGACUAGGUAGUAAAGCUGCCUCGAUCGUCUCAAUGACACCACCGCCUUCCCGGGAUACCCAUUUAGACUUUGAUUUUCCUUUAAGAUCGACAUCGCUGGACGACGUACCACCCAUUCCACGCACUUCACACUCCAGGCAAGAGCCUGUACUGUGGGAGUCCACGCCAGAGUACCUCACCCCUGAAUUUGAAUUCGAACCCGAAACUCCAUUUUCCGAACCCACGCCUGAGCACUCAGCAGACGCGCUCCCACCACAACCGAUACCCUCGGAAUUUUCUACCUCGCCAACUACAUCGAAUGUACAAGCGGCUCAUCAGCGACAACCGUCAAAAAUAUUCAUCCCAGGCCCGGUCCCACCUCCCCUCAUUUCUGGAAAUGACGCACGGGACAUGUAUGGCUUUCGCAAGGCUACUCACCACGUGACAUUGGAACAAUACGAGGCCUGGAAGGGCCCGUAUUCGCACUACACGGCCCAACGCAAAGACAAGUGGAUGGCUUUGCUAAAUGAACAUGGCCUUCCAACAACAAACCCGAGCACAUUCCCUGCACCGUCCAACAAGGUCAAGAGAUUUGUUAGAAAGGGAAUCCCUGGCGAGUUCCGGGGUGCUGCGUGGUUUUGGUAUGCGGGUGGCUACCAGCUUCUGAACGGCAACUUUGGUGUUUACGAUCAACUCGUGGAGAAAGCCAUGGCUUCAGAAAGCGAUGACGACAAAGAGCACAUUGAGCGAGAUCUCCACCGGACCUUCCCCGACAACAUUCAUUUCAAACCGGAUCCAGUAGAGACUGGAUCUCCUAAUGACCAGCAAGGCAAUGUGACAACUGAGACGCAGAUGAUCCAAUCACUUCGACGCGUGUUGUAUGCCUUUGCUUUGCACAAUCCCAAAAUUGGUUAUACGCAGUCACUCAAUUUCAUCACCGGCAUGCUUCUUCUCUUCUUACCAGAGGAAAAGACAUUCUGGAUGUUGCACAUUAUCACAUCUGUCUACCUUCCUGGAACCCAUGAGAUCAGCCUAGAGGGUGCUAAUAUUGACCUCUGGAUUCUCAUGGUAUUGCUUAGAGAUUCUAUGCCAGCCACUUAUACCAAGAUUGCUAGCAUGGGUGGUACUUCGGGACAUGGCAAAUCGCCUCCAUUGACUGUGAAUUCGCGUUUGCCGGAUAUUACACUGGGAUUGACCAAUUGGCUCAUGUCUGUUUUCAUUGGAACUCUACCUCUUGAAACUACGCUUCGGGUGUGGGAUAUUUUCUUCUAUGAAGGAUCAAAAACCUUUUUCCGCGUGUCGCUCGGCAUCUUCAAGGCCUGUGAACGGGACAUCAUAGCGGUAUCAGAUCCGAUGGAGGUUUUUCAAGUCGUGCAAACGGUUCCCAAGAAACUCCUAGAUGCCAACGCCCUGCUUGAAGAUUGCUUCGUACGACGUCACCGAGUCGGUCAAGGCCGAAUUGACGACCUGCGGGCUGCUCGCCGAACGGCCGUCCGCCAGGAGAAGCUGCGACGGUCCGCUGCUUGGAGCAAGGGCGAAAUCAAACCAUCGGCAACAGAUGAUCUUCACGUUAAUCGGCGAAAGGAAGCUCCUGGUAUUGAGCACCGAGUAGCCGAUUCUUGGCGGCAUCUAAAAUCACAUGCAUUUCGAUAG